AUGGAGGAAACGGACCCGCUGCUGCUGCGCUCGCGCCUGGUCGAGGACCACGAGAUCCGGCGCCGCCACUCGGGCAAGGGGCGCGGGCGCAAGGCCGAAAAGAUGGUGCGCAACUUCUACAGCGCGCAAAACGAGCACAUCAACCGGCUGCUCAAGCCAAUGGCCAAGCACGGCGACGACGACGCAGAGGACCGCGCCUCGUCGGCGCUCAAGGUCAAGGUGGCCGUGUACGGCAGCAUCGUCGCCAACUUUGUGCUCGCCAUCCUCCAGCUCUACGCCGCCAUCUCGUCGCUCUCGCUCUCGCUGUUUGCCACGGCCGCCGACAGCGUGUUUGACCCCUUUGCCAACCUCGUCCUCAACUGGCUCCACCGCAAGGCCGCCAAGGUCGACGAGCGCAAGUGGCCCAUCGGCGGCUCGAGGUUCGAGCCCAUCGGCAACAUCACCUACGCCGCCAUCAUGGGCAUGGUGUCGGCCAUCCUCGUCGUCCAGUCGAUCCAGGAUCUGGCCAAGGGCGAGGACGACCGCCAGCUCCACAUCCCCGCCCUCGUGGCCGUCGCCGUGGCGUUCUUCACCAAGCUGGUGCUGGCCGUCUACUGCUUUGGCCUGCGCAAGUACAGCUCGCAGGUCGAGGUCCUCUACCAGGACCACCGCAACGACCUCUUCAUCAACGGUUUCGGCAUCUUUACCUCGGCGGCGGGCGCCACGAUUGCCGGCUGGCUCGACCCGGCGGGCGCGCUCGUCAUCUCGCUGGCCAUCAUCACGAGCUGGACGCGCACGGCGUACCUCGAAUUCAAGCAGCUGGCGGGCGCCGCGGCGCCGACCGACUUUCUGCAGCUGGUGACGUACAAUGCGGCGAUCUUUUCCGACGAGAUCCAGGCGAUUGAGAGCGUGCGCGCCUACUCGUCGGGCCCGCGGUACAUUGUCGAGAUUGACAUUGUCAUGCACCCCGAGACGCCGCUGUGGAAGAGCCACGACGUGUCGCAGCUGCUCCAGGACAACCUCGAGCACCUGCCCAUGGUGGAGCGCGCCUUUAUCCACGUCGACUACGACAUCUUCCACGAUCCCGAGCACAGGAAGAGCGCCUGA